UGAUCAAAAUUUACCCUUUAGCUUACAAGAACACGGCGAUGAUGAAAGUCACUUUGACAGUCUUGAUUUUUCUUGCUAAUUCUAUGCUCAUCAAUGCUGGAACAAACUUCGACGCGGCUUGGUCAAGUGAUUGUCCAUCAGGCCAAUCCAUCCGGCAUAUCAGCAGCGUUCAUAGCAACUGGCAUGAAGAUCGUUCAUGGACAUGGAAAUGCAAACAUGACUCCAUAAUAACAAGUUCAUGCCGAUGGUCUGGGUAUGUAAAUUCGUUUGACAAAGACCUUCUCUACCAAUGCGCAACUGGAGUUAUCACUGGUGUGAAGUCGUAUCAUAGCAACUGGUAUGAAGACAGAAAAUUUAAUUUCAAAUGCUGUAAAACUAAGAGCUACACUCGCGCUUGUUAUUGGACUGGCUACGUGAACAGUUGGGAUGGUUACUUGAGCUACACUGUUCCAUCUUAUUAUUAUCUUGUUGGCGUACAAAGUUACCACAGCAAUUUUAGAGAAGACAGAAGAUGGAGAUUCCUCGUAUGUUGAUCGAACACGUUGAUGAAGACAAAACGCCUAUAAUCUUUCCUAAUUUGCCUGUUCUGCAUGAUGAUUCCAUAUGAUUGUGUUUAUGUCAGUAGUUUGAUGUGGUUGUUGCUUUUGAUAAUUAUGAUAAACAAAUAGAAUAUGGGAAAAUAAAAAAUUCUU